GUUAAAUCUUAGGCCAAAAGGAGAAACCUAUGAUGAGUAUUUGUCACUUCCCCUCUGUUGCUGCUUAAAAUAGUGACACCUGCACUGCACCACCAUUUUCUUCCGCUUUUUCAAUCAGAAUGGAAAGUUUAUCACUAAUAUCAAUUUCAUCAUUAAUAAUUUGCAUUGUUUGUUCAUAUGGGGUUGAUGGCUACAUUCAUUACAAUACUGGAAGCGGAAUUGUUGAUGGCAAAUUGAAUGUUCACUUAGUUGCUCACUCUCACGAUGACGUCGGCUGGCUCAAAACUAUUGAUCAAUACUAUGUUGGAUCCAAUAACUCUAUUCAGGGUGCGUGUGUCGAAAAUGUACUGGACUCGGUUGUCGUGGCGUUGCGCCGCGACCCUAAUCGGAAGUUUAUAUUUGCUGAAAUGGCGUUUUUUAGUAGAUGGUGGGAAGAGCAGAGCCCGGAAAUUCAACAGCAAGUGAGAAAGCUAGUCGAUGACGGCCAAUUGGAAUUCGUAAACGGGGGAUGGUGUAUGCAUGACGAAGCAACGACUCAUUAUAUCGACAUGAUUGACCAAACAACUCUUGGCCAUUUCUUGAUAAAGAGUCAGUUUAAUACGACCCCUCGUGCUGGAUGGCAGAUCGAUCCGUUCGGGCAUUCUGCAGUACAAGCUUAUCUCUUAGGAGCCGAGCUCGGUUUUGAUUCUGUACAUUUUGCACGGAUUGAUUACCAAGAUCGAGCAAAACGUAAAGGUGAUAAAUCUCUUGAAGUCGUAUGGCAGGGUUCUAGGACAUUCGGUCCUUCUUCUCAGAUAUUUGCGAAUGCGUUUCCAGUUCACUAUAGUCCGCCGAGUGGUUUUCAUUUUGAAGUGAACGAUGACUACAAUCCAGUCCAGGACAACCCUCUCCUGUUUGACUUCAACGUCGAGGCACGCGUUAGUGAUUUCAUUGCUGCUGCAGUGACUCAGGCCAAUGUGACGAGAACUAAUCAUAUAAUGUGGACUAUGGGAGAUGACUUUCAGUACCAAUACGCUGAGUCGUGGUUCAAGCAAAUGGACAAACUUAUUCAUUACGUUAACGAGGAUGGCCAGGUUAAUGUGUUGUAUUCCACGCCGUCCUUAUAUACGGAUGCAAAAUAUGCUUCUGACGAAUCUUGGCCUCUGAAAGUCGACGAUUAUUUUCCAUAUGCAGACAGUGCGAAUGCUUACUGGACUGGCUUUUACACAAGUCGCCCAGCCUUAAAAAGAUUCGUCCGUUUUCUGAGUGGAUAUUUUCUGGCAGCUCGUCAAAUUGAAUUUAUGGUGGGAAGGAGAUCAAAUCGGGGUAACACCGAUGCGUUAGGUGAUGCUUUAGGAGUUGCACAGCACCACGAUGCUGUUACUGGUACUGCUAAGCAGCAUACCACGAACGACUAUGCAAAGCGCUUAUCUAUUGGAGCCUCUGAGGCAGAAACCGUAGUGAACUCAGCUUUGUCGUGUCUGACUGAUUCGAAGUCGAAUGGCCAGUGCACUGCAUCUACAGUGACAUUUAGUCAGUGCCAGUUGCUCAAUAUAAGUUACUGUCCAUCAACGGAACAAGAUAUUCCCCAAGGGAAGAGUUUGGUUAUUGUGGCAUACAACCCACUUGGAUGGAACCGUAGUGAUAUUAUCCGGAUUCCUGUCAACGAUCGUAAUCUUGUAGUCAAAGAUUCCAUUGGGAAUGUCGUCGAGUCGCAAUAUGUACAAGUGGAUAACGUGACAAUUGAACUGCGGAAGUUGUAUAUCGAGGCAUAUCUCGGAAUUUCAGACAAACGGGCCGCAAAAUAUUGGCUCGUCUUUCCGGCAUCUAUUCCACCUCUGGGUUGGAAUACUUACUUCAUUUCUAGUAAACAAUCUAAGAAAGGACUUAGGAGACGUAUUGUAUCUACCAGAGAUCUUCCGAGUAAUGAAACAGUUGAAAUCGGUCCUGGAAAUUUGAAACUGUCGUUUUUUGACACUGGACAACUUACGCGCAUGUACAAUUCUAAAACCGGAAUCGAUAUACCAGUACAACAAAGCUAUCUUUGGUACUCGUCAAGCCAGGGAGAUGCCGAUCCUCAGGCUUCUGGUGCAUACAUUUUCCGACCUAGUGGAUCGACUCCUUCAGUGGUCUCUAGAUCAGUACCUCUGAAGAUAAUCCGGGGCCCACUAGUCGAUGAAGUUCAUCAGCAAUUUAGCUCAUGGAUUUAUCAGAUAAUUAGAGUUUACAAAGACAGAGAUCAUGCAGAGUUUGAAUUCACGAUUGGUCCUAUUCCGAGUGACGAUAGUAUUGGAAAAGAGGUUAUUACAAGAUUGACAGCUAAUAUGGUCACCGAUGAAGUGUUCUAUACCGAUUCCAAUGCCAGAGACUUUCUUAAACGGGUGAGAGAUUACAGAGCCGACUGGCCUCUCACAGUUACUCAACCAGUAGCCGGGAAUUACUAUCCAAUCAAUCUUGGAAUCUACAUGGAAGAUAAGAAAUCGGAGUUGUCUGUUCUAGUUGAUCGGGCGACUGGGGGAUCUAGUAUUAAUGAUGGAGAAAUUGAAUUGAUGCUACACAGGAGGAUCAUGAAUGAUGAUUCUAGAGGAGUCGGUGAAGCCCUAGACGAGUCCGUUUGUACCAACAGCACAUGCGAAGGACUUACCGUUCGAGGAAAUUAUUAUGUCAACAUCAACGAGGUUGGUAACGGAGCGCGUUGGAGGCGAACAACUGGGCAGGAAAUAUAUUCGCCACUUCUUUUAGCCUUCUCGCACGAGGAUGCUGAAACGUGGAAAUCAUCGCAUUUGACGAAGGCCACAACCAUGGAAUCGAAUUAUAGUUUACCUAGUAACAUUGCAUUAAUUACUCUCCAGGAGUUGGUUGAUGGAAGUGUGCUCGUUCGUUUGGCACAUUUAUACGAGGGUGGUGAAGACCCGGAUUACUCAACACUCGCCAAAGUUGAACUGAAAAAGUUGUUUGCUGGAAAAGCGAUAAAGGGUGUUAAGGAAACGAGCUUAUCGGCAAAUCAAGACAAGUCUGAGAUGAAGAGGAAGACUUGGAAAGUGGAAGGUAAAAGUGAGAGCGGUGAGCCUUUUGCCCCGAUUAGAGGCGGCCCUUUGGACAAGUCGAGCCUUAUCGUCGAGCUUGCUCCCAUGGAGAUUCGGACUUUCAUCUUAACAUUUUGAAAUUCUUUCUUGGAGUUGUUGAAUAAUUAAAAGUGGAAGUAAAAGAUGCAAUCGGUGUCCCGUCUGUUCAAAUAUUCUCUUUAUAUAUUUACAAAUAAAUGAACAUCGAAAUUUAUAAUA